AUGACCUCGACUGGCGCCCUGGCCAAUGGCCACAGCCUCCUCGACAACCACGGCUACGACCAUGUCCUGCGCCCGCGACACGCCCAGGCGCUGCGCACAGCUUCGGACCUCGACCAGCACCUCAUGCCGGGCGACAAUGGCCUGGGGAGUGCGACAACAAGCGGCCGCUCGACGCCCGUCUCCGACAACGCCCCCCCCUCGACAAAGUCGCUGUCGUCGGCGCGCAAGCAGGUCCGCGCCGAGCAGCGCCGCCGCCGCAUCUUCCCGACCAUCGAGUUCGCCUCGCGCGUGUCGCACUUUGACCCGGAGAGCGACUACCGCGACUUCCACGGCUUCUUCAACCUCUUCUGGAUCGGCCUCGCCAUCAUGGGCAUCACCACCAUGCUGCGCAACAUGAAGGACACGGGCUACCCGAUGCGCGUCCAGAUCUGGGCCCUCUUCGCCGACAAGCUGUGGCACCUCGCCAUUGCCGACUUCCUCAUGGUCGCCUCCACCGCCGUCAGCCUGCCGCUGCACCGCUGGGCGCGCAGCAGCCCCAUGGGCGGCGUCUGGGGCUGGAGCAGAGGAGGGAUGGCCCUGCAGAGCGUCUACCAGGUCCUGUGGCUGGCCGUCUGGAUCGUCGUGCCCUUCUGGCUCGACUGGAGCUGGACCGCGCAGGUGUGUUUGUUGCUGCACACCAUGGUGCUGCUCAUGAAGAUGCACUCGUACGCCUUUUACAACGGCCACCUGUCCGAGACGGAGAAGCGGCUGCGCAGCCUGGACGAGCCCAAUCCCUCGAGGGCCGACCGCCGGCCCGUCUACCUCUACCCGAGCGCCGACCACCGCAAGGGCAGCAUCUCGGGCGUCUCCCUGCCGCGGCCGCUGGAGCUCAAGGAGGAGGACGGCAGCGACGCCGUCGUCAAGCCGAAGAAGGCGAGGAAGCAGGGCGGCAGCAUCGACAAGGGCGUCAACGGCCUCUCCCUCAACGGCAACGGCAACGGCAACGGCCACGCCUCGCACGAGCAGGAACCCUCGCAUGAGCACGAGGCAGCAGACGCAGAGCCCACCAGCGCCGACGAAAUCGACACCCUGCGCGACGACCUCGCCCGCGAGCUCACCAGCCCCAUGGGCAACGUCACCUACCCGCGCAACCUCACCUGGGCCAACUACCUCGACUAUCUGUGCUGCCCGACGCUCUGCUACGAGCUCGAGUACCCGCGCACGCCCGCCAUCAACUGGACCGCCCUCGUGUCCAAGAUCAUCGCCACCUUUGGCUGCAUCUUUCUCCUGACCGUCAUCUCCGAAGAAUACAUCUUCCCCGUCCUCGUCGACGCCUCGCGCCGCCUCGAGCUCGUCGCCUCCGCCUCCGCCGCCUCCUCCUCCUCUUCGUCAUCCUCCUCCUCCGUCGUCCUCGAAUCGUGCCUCAUCCUCGCCGAGACAAUCUCCUGGCUCCUCUUCCCCUUCAUGCUCACCUUCCUCCUCGUCUUCCUCGUCAUCUUCGAAUACGUCCUUGGCGCCUUUGCCGAAAUCACCCGCUUCGCCGACCGCCACUUCUACGCCGACUGGUGGAACAGCACCGACUGGAUGGAGUUUUCGCGCGAGUGGAACGUCCCCGUCUACUCCUUCCUGCGCCGCCACGUCUACUCCGCCUCGCGCCCGCACACCGGCAAGGCCUUUGCCACCUUCAUCACCUUCCUCAUCUCCGCCGUCGGCCACGAGAUCGUCAUGGCCUGCAUCACCAAGAAGAUCCGCGGCUACGGCUUCGUCUGCCAGAUGAUGCAGCUGCCCAUCGUCAUGAUGCAGCGCACCAGGUGGGUGAGGGGCAGGAAGACGCUCAACAACGUCUGUUUCUGGUGUUCCAUGAUUUUGGGGCUUUCUUUGAUAUGCGCACUCUACGUCCUCGUAUAG